ACCUUCUGUAGUGGUAAUAGCAUCACAUUUAAUAGGUAAAUCCAUACAUCCUGAACCUGAAUUAUCUAAAGUGCAUGUGGACAAAUAUUAACUGCAUUAUAAAUGAGUAUUAAAGUCUUUGGAUGCUAAGGCACAUUACUUUUAAUAGCAUUUUCCUUUGUAUACACAAGGUUUACUAUUUAAAUCAGUAUUGCAGUUUCCAUCGUCUUACACGUUCUCACAUGUCUUGUCAACACAAGUUGAACCGCUUCCAACAGUGCAAGUAUUUAAAAAUUGACUACAUAAAGUAUGGCUGUUAUUUGAUACAGGUGCAUUAGUACAAAUCUUAGUUAAGCACUUUCCGCUAUCCCAGAAACAAGGUUUAUUAUUUACAUCUGUUUUGCAAGCUAUUUCCAAGUCUAUUGCCUCACAAUUUGUAUUAACUCUACAUCCUCCUGCAUUUUAGGUCACGCAAUUUGAGUUUGGAAGAUAAGCUUCACAUAAUUCAUUGGUAUUAUUGGUUUUUGGAGCAUUAGUGCAUUCUCUUUUUUAACAUCCAGAAGCAGCACCUACUUUUGCUGUACAUGUAGCCAUAUAUGUAGUACAUUGUUCAUGUCCAACAUAUUAACUACCAGCAUUAUCACAGGUCUUGUCUUUACAAAAUUAUCCAUCCCAAUGGCAUGGAGCUCCAGCUAAUGUUUUAUCACAAGCAUCCUUGAAAGUUGCAGCACCACAACCAGUGUUAUCUGUGCAUCCACUUCCUGUGGUAAUGCAUGUUUUCAGAUAUGACUAGCAACUUGUAUUAGUUUUAUUAGUAUUUAAAGCAUUUGC